AUGAGCACACCCGGUCAACCCCCGCCAUCGGCGGAGGCCAAACCCGGGCCUCAAGAAGUGGCCGAAGAGACUGCCAUCGAGGUUAAGGAAACUGCAGCAGAGGCAGAGAAGGCACCGCAGGCACCGCUGAGCAACUACUGGCGCAUCCUCUCCUUCCGAACUACUACUGAUAGCUGUGCCAUGAUUGCUGGCCUUCUGUGCGCCGUUGGGUCAGGGACAGCUCUCCCCCUCAUGAAUAUCGUGUUCGGACACUUGGUGCGAGACUUCAAUGGCUACUUUCUUCCCAACACCACCGUCACCGAGGACAAGUUCAAGUCAGCCGUGAGCAAGAAUGCGCUAUACAUCGUGUACCUAUUCAUCGGCAAGUUCGUCUUGACCUACGCCUCCAUGUUUUGUUUUCGUACCACCGGACUUCGAAUCUCCGCCAAUAUCAGACUUUCAUACCUCGAGUCUCUCUUUGCGCAACCGAUUCAAAGGCUCGAUGAGGUGUCUUCGGGCACGGUGGCCAAUACUAUCACCACCUCGGCCAAUACCAUUCAAAUGAGCAUCUCCGACAAACUGCAUGCUCUGUUCAUGGCUCUUGCCCUGACAGUCACGGCUUAUGCCAUCGCUUUCCGAUACUCGUGGGCUUUGACCCUGGUGACCAGUUCGACCUUGCUUUUCAUUCUCGUGGUCUUCUGCAUAAGUACCCCCAUCGUCAUCAAGCAGCUCCAAGGGGUGGAGGAGUCCAACGCAAAAGCUGCAUCGAUAGCAGGGGAGGUUUUCGGUUCUAUCCGAGCCAUCUUUUCCUUGAAUGCGGAGAAAACGCUGACCGACAAGUAUUUCGCCAGCGUGAACGAGUCUCAAACCCGCGGAGCGGCCAUGUCGAUGCAGCUAGGCAUUCAACUGGGUCCCAUGUUCUUCGCCAUGUACUCGAGCUUUGCACUCGCUUUCUGGUUUGGACUGAAGCUUUUUCGCGAAGGGCAAAUCUCGAACAUUAGCGCUGUCAUCACGGUUGUCUUCUCAAUCUUGAUUGUGGUUGCAGUCUUAGGAUCCCUAGCCGCCCCCGCCAUGGCCAUCACCAAGGCAGUCAGUGUUUCGCCCGAGUUUUUCUCCAUGAUUGACUCGAAGCCGGCAGCUCACGACGGCCUCACUGAGCCCGAAGUCUCUGCAAGUGACGAUAUAGAACUCGAAGAUGUAGACUUCGCAUACCCGACUAGGCCCACUGUGCAGGUACUCAGAGGAUUCAAUGCUCGAUUUCUGAAGGGCAAAACCACCGCCCUAGUCGGACCUUCUGGGUCGGGGAAGAGCACAAUUGUUGCCUUACUGGAGCGGUGGUACGAAUCAUCGAUAACAAACCGUGGUGUCGUCUCGAUUGGAGGGCGGAACAUAAGGGAGGUGAAUCUCAAGUGGUGGAGGUCGCGAAUUGGCCUUGUGCAGCAGGAGCCUUUCAUCUUCAACGAUACCAUCGUCAGCAAUGUGGCGUUUGGAUUGACCGGGACCAAAUGGGAGCACGACAGCGACUCGUCCAAAAGGGAACGGGUUGAGAGGGCCUGCAAAGAGGCAUUUGCCGACGAGUUCAUCCAACAACUGCCAGAUGGUUACCUGACCAAGGUCGGCGAGAGCGGCCUCAAGCUCAGUGGCGGUCAACGCCAACGGCUGGCAAUUGCUCGGAGUAUCAUUCGGGAGCCGGCGAUUCUGAUCUUGGACGAAGCAACGAGUUCCAUCGACGUUCGGGGUGAGAAGAUUGUGCAAAAGGCCCUCGAUCGCGUCUCCCGAGAUCGGACGACGAUUGUCAUCGCCCACCGACUGUCCACCAUCCGCAAAGCAGACAAUAUCAUUGUCAUCCGCGAGGGACACAACGUAGAAGAAGGCACUCACGAGCAUCUACUUUCCAAUCCCGACGGGCUAUACGCUAGCCUCGUACGCGCGCAGCAGCUCGAAGCAGAGUCGGCACCUGAGAAGCUAGAGGCGGACAAGGCUGCCUCCCUGGAAACCGUCGAAGGCAAAGAGUCACGCAGCUCCGUUAAGGAGCAAGCGGCUGACGCAACAAUAUCUACUUACAGGCCACAGGGCUUCUUCAUGUCAUUUGGCCGUUUUCUAUACGAACAACGAAGAUACUGGGUGUUAUAUCUACUGAUACUGGCUGGAGCCAUGGGUGCGGGAUCUGCAUUCUCUCUCCAAAGCUGGAUCUUCGCCCGAUUGGUCGCGGUCUUUCAGCUCACGGGAGCAAGGUUGAAAGAGCGAGGAGAUUUCUGGUCACUGAUGUUUUUCGUCCUUGCUUUGGGCGUAGGUACUUGUUACUUCAGCCUCGGGUACAAUUCCAACACUCUCUCCGUGUACAUCUCAUCUGCAUAUCGACGGAAGUACUUCCAAGACCUCUUGUGCAACCCCGUCUCCUUCUUUGACCUCGAGGCCAAUGCUUCUGGUUCGAUUAUGUCUCGACUGUCGACCGAUCCGAAGUUGAUUCAGGAAUUACUCGGCUUCAACGGGGUCUUUCCUCUCAUAUCAAUGUUCAACAUACUUGGCUGUGUCGCAAUAGCCUUCUCCUUCGGGUGGAAAUUGACCCUCGUCACUUUCUUUUCUGCCAUGCCAGUCAUCUUCAUCGCCGCAUUCGUCCGCAUCGGGUUCGAGCUGAAGUUCGAGGAGUGGAACUCCAAGGUGUUUGCUGACAGCUCUCAAUUUGCAACGGAGGCCAUUGGCGCCGUUCGCACAGUCACCUCCUUAACCAUGGAGGACUCGAUCAUCCAGAAGUAUUCGGGUCUCUUACGAGAUCAGGUUCGAAAGGCCACCAUAAAGGCAACAUAUGCUUCGCUCGUUUUUGCCCUCUCGGACAGCCUGGAACUUUGCGCCAUGGCCCUGACCUUCUGGUAUGGAGGACAGCUCUUGGCCACUCACGAAUACAAUACAGUGCAAUUCUUCGUCAUCUAUGUGGCGAUCGUGCAAGGGGCACAAGGGGCCGGACAGUUUUUCAGCUUUGCCCCGAACAUUGCACAAGCGACCGCCGCCGCGAAUCGCAUCCUGAGCCUCCGCCACGAAGUCAGCGAAAGGCAGAAAGCUAUGGGCACUCAGGGCAGGGCGUUACAAGCGGCAAAUGUCCAAGCUGGAGGAGCUAGCAUCAAAUUCACAGACGUCGCCUUCGGAUACCCCACGCGAGACGCUCUGAUCUAUCAGAAUCUCAAUCUAACGAUCGCAGGCGGUCAGUUCGUCGCCUUUGUAGGGCCUUCGGGCUGUGGCAAGACCACGGUCAUUUCACUGCUGGAGAGAUUCUACGAACCGCUGUCCGGCACCAUCACGUUCAACAACCAGGAUGUCAGGGACUUGGAGAUGUCGUCCUACCGUCGCACGCUGGCCCUGGUGGCACAGGAACCGAAACUCUUCGACGGGACCAUCCGCGAGAACCUGCUUCUCGGUCUUGAGAGGGAGGUGUCGGACGAAACCAUCACGCAGGCAUGCAAGGAUGCCGAGAUCCACGACUUCAUCAUCUCCCUACCCGACGGCUACGCCACAGCCCUAGGUAUCAACACCCAGACCUCACUCAGCGGUGGCCAGAAACAGCGGCUAUGUCUCGCCCGGGCUUUGUUGCGCAGGCCCACGCUCUUGCUCCUUGACGAGGCCACCUCCAGCCUGGACUCGCAAUCGGAGAAGCUGGUGCAGGGCGCCAUCGAGCGGCUGGCCGCCCAGCGCAGCAUGACCGUCGUAGCCGUGGCACACCGGCUUGCAACCAUCCAAAAGGCAGAUGUCAUCUUCGUCUUCGGCGAGAGCGAGCUCAGUCCCGGCUCGAGCAUCGUCGAACAGGGCACGCACCACGACUUGUUGAGGAGGAGGGGCGCCUACUGGCAGAUGGUAAGUGAGAAUCAAGACUCCCAGUUGUUGUUGCGGUUGCGGUCCGCCUUCUUUCUGUUUCUCUGCCUCAUCAGUCCGACUAAUCUCGCGGUCGACAGUGUCAGGAACAAGCACUCGAUCGAUAACCGGCAAAAGCAAAGGCAAACGCUGAACAGCACUCCAAGCGAGUAG